AAGCUCCAACGACUCGAAGAAGUUAAGGAUGGUGGCGAAUCUCGCAGUCUCUAGAAUCGCCAUUCUCAGAAACCUUCACGGCGUCAGAUACAGCCAAGCAAGAUCCGAUGUGGUUCAGUUGCUGCACCAACAACCUCAUCAACGCCACGCUCUUUUUCGAGUUGAGCAAGUGAUCAAAGGGCAACAGUCAUUGGAUGCACUGGCAAUGAUAGAGAUGUGCUGCCAUAUACUACAAGAGAGCACUGAGAUCAUCACAAACAGCAGGGAGUGUCCGGGUGAGGUGAAGGAGGCGGUGUCGAGCUUGAUCUUUGCUGCUUCGAGAACUGGAAAGUUCCCAGAGUUGCAAGAGAUUCGACGCAUCUUCACAUCCAAAUAUGGCAAAGACUUUGCAUACAGUGCUGUGGAAUUAAGAAAUGGCUGCGGAGUUUAUCCUAAGUUGGUAGAGGGAUUUUCGACAGAGAGAGCGAGCAUGGAGACCAGACGAAAUCUGCUCAAGCAAAUCGCGAAAGAUAAUGGGAUCACUCUAGAUAAGGCAGAACUGAGCAGGAACAUUGAUCUGCAAGAAAAGAAUGAAGAAUUAAAAGAUAGAGAUGGCGCGGCUGCAGUUGGAGAUGCGUUCGACUCAGACAAUGAUGGCUCGAGUGCAAUGUGCAGAUCAGAGGAUGAAGAAAUAAUAGAGAAUCCAAGUGAAUAUACUGAGCAAAAGAAAGGGAGAGAACCUCUGCUGUGGGAGAAAUUACGACAACGUUUUGCUAAAAUAAAGCAACCAUUUUUCGUUCUUUCAGCUUUUGCUUUUAUGUUUAUCAUGAUUUCAGUAUUUAUCUCAUGCAUAGUGUCUAAUUUUUUGUUCAUUCAAGUUUCAACAGCUUUUGUUUUUAUUUUUCUUUUGCUUAAAAUUUUCAUUCAAGUGGUAGAGAUAUUUUGCAUACUAGCUAGUUGUAAUUGAUGAAGGUGAUCAUGUAAACAAAGAAAUGACAUAUGUAGUUUGCUGGUGGAGCAGAUGACA